AUGCGCAAUCUACCAAAACAUUGAAAUAUCAUCGUUCCCCGGACCUUACCCCAGCCGCGCUGAAAAGCUUGUUUUAUCCUCUGUCGCACUCUUGGGUGUGGAACUAAACAGCCCGAUGGCUAGUCAAAAAUGCAAAGAAUGCAUACUACAAAUAAUUGACCAGCUCCGACAGCGGAAAGCGCGUCCAGAUAUUGUGCGAAUAUGUCACAUGGCAGCCCGUAAGCAUGGGAUGAAAUGGCAAGAGACGGAGUCGCAUUUGGAAAAAUUAGUAGAAUCGGGCACGGUUGUAAAAGUAGACUAUAAAGGUAACGUAAGCUAUAGAAACACUGCAAAGUGGAAGAAAACGCAUUCCUGGAAAAAAGUAGUUCAUUCUGAUAAAACAUGUAAAAACAUUAUUUCUGCGGUUCAAGAAAUUGCGCAAAACUCCCUGGAAAGAGGCGCAUCUGUGAAAGAUGUAGAGAAGUGGCUUAGCACGAAUACGCAAGGACCCCAGAUAGAACGCACCCAACUCCGAGCGGCUCUGGAUAAAGAGGUUGUGAAUGGAAACCUUAAAAAGUUACCCCAGGGGACCUAUAUCAGUAGCGAAAGUAACCCGGAAAAGAAAAUAACCGAAAAACCGACCACCUCUGUUUCAAGUCCGGGUAAACGAGGACGCCCUCCCUCAAAACGCAAGAAGUUCAAGAAAACUCAUGGACCCGACUUUGAAACACUGUCGUUCGGGAAGCGUUCAAUGGACGACGCUUCCUGCGAUUAUUGUCUUCAGACAGAACCCAUCGUUCGCAGAGGUUUCAAAGAGGGAAUACUGGUGUGCCAGGACUGCAACGCGAAGGCCCACCCCUCGUGUAUGGGAUACAAUGCCAUCUUAGCCAGACGCACCCUGGAGUCUCCAUGGCAAUGCAUCGACUGCAAGACGUGCACCGUCUGUCAAGACUCCGGUGACCCUGACACGAUGCUGUUUUGUGACGCCUGUGAUAAGGGGUAUCAUAUGACCUGCCAUGAACCGGCCAUAGAAGACAAACCGCAAGGGAAAUGGGAGUGUCAGACCUGUCAAGACACCGAACCCGUGGAUGCCUCUAUGGAGAUUGAUGACGUCAAUGAUACAGCAGACGAGAGCCGAGAUGGAAACAACACCUCUUGCUUACCAACACCUUACGACUCGGCAGCUUCGUCAGAAGAUGACAACAACAGAAUUGAAGCUAAGAGAAAGUCCGAAGAAAGGUCCCCUCCAGAACAGAAGAAAUCCAGUUGCCCGGAUGCUUCUAAAUGGGGAGUGGAGGACGUUGUGAAAUAUUUCUCCAGUCUUGGCUACAAGGACCAAGCAGACGCCCUCCAAGAUCAGGAAAUUGAUGGACAAUCCUUACUUUUGAUGAAAAGAAGCGAUGUUUUGACAGGACUGUCAAUCAGACUUGGUCCCGCUCUGAAAAUGUAUCAGCAUGUGAUGAAAUUACAACUAGGAGGGAUGGACGCUGCAAACUGAUUGAAGAAAAUGAUCUUGUGCCGCCAUCUGGUGGAAAUAUUGGACUACAUGUGUAUACAUUAUUUUAAUUUUAAAGAUUUUCUUGUAAAGAUGAAUAAUUGCAAUUUAGUGAGGGAGUCAGGAAACGGUUUUAUCAAUCCACCAUAUUGUGUUAAAAUAGUUACUUAAUAUUUUUUGUAUAUAUAAAUGACCUUUAAUCAUACUUUGACAUUCAUAUGUAGCAUCUCAGGACAUGUAUAAUAAAUAGUCACCAUCUAUUCAUCAGUUUGGAAAUCCCGUCGAUUUUAAGCUUUAGCAUACUUAUUCUAUGCAGCUGUGUAAUUGUUAAAAUUGUUGGAUGAAAUCCGCGAUGUGUUAAUUUAAAUCAAGACUGCAAUGCAAAUGUAUAUCAUAGCACGUGACGCAAUGCAAAUGAUGAUUUAUCAUGAAUGGUAUAAAUUUUUUGCAUCUUGUAUAAGAGUAUUCAUGUUUUGUUCAUGUACAUAAUCAAUAAAAUAGCUUUAACAGCUUGGAUUCAUACAUAA